ACAUAUUGCAAGUAACCAUGGUUCUCUCUUUGACCUUGAGCCGCGUGAUGUUGAUCAACUGUCUCGUAAAAUUUUAGACGGUGAACUCUCUCUUUCUCUGCAACCUAUGAGAAAGAAUACAGAAAGAAGAGAAAUUAAAAACUACUGUUUUUAAUUUCUCUGUAUUGAUUCAACUCAUCUGGUUUUCCUAUUGAUACCCCAUUUUCAUUCUUUGUUUCUUCUUCGAUUUACUCAUAAACUAACUUUCUUCGAUUUACUCAUAAACUAACUUAGUCCCCAAAGAUUAAUACUUUAUUUUUAUACCCAUCACCCAUAGUUUCCAUCUUUCCCAAAAGGAAUUUGUACCCAUAGCUGAUCAAAUUUGAUAACUUUGUUAUACCCUUUUUUUAUGGAAUCAGAUAGUAUUGAUUGUAUGGCAUCAUCGGAUGUGAUGGAUGAUGAUGAGAUCCAUCAUCAUCAGUUAUCUUCUUCAUUGUCAAAGACCCACAGCAACAAUGGGAACAGCAACAACAGUUCUUUGUCAUCAGCUGUUCAUCCAAGCACUACUAGUGUCCAUGAACUCCUUGAAUGCCCUGUUUGUACCAAUUCUAUGUACCCUCCUAUUCACCAGUGCCACAAUGGGCAUACUCUCUGUUCAACUUGUAAAACGAGGGUACACAAUCGAUGCCCCACUUGUAGACAGGAGCUUGGUGAUAUUAGGUGUCUAGCACUAGAGAAGGUGGCUGAAUCACUUGAAUUGCCUUGCAAAUAUAUGUCACUUGGAUGCCCUGAGAUCUUUCCCUACUAUAGUAAACUCAAGCAUGAGGCUCUAUGCAACUUCAGGCCGUAUAGCUGCCCAUAUGCUGGAUCGGAAUGUGCUGUUGUUGGUGAUAUUCCAUUUCUUGUUACACAUCUAAGGGAUGACCACAAGGUGGACAUGCAUUCUGGAUGCACGUUUAACCAUCGAUAUGUGAAGUCUAAUCCUCAAGAAGUAGAAAAUGCAACAUGGAUGCUAACUGUAUUUCAUUGUUUUGGUCAAUACUUCUGUCUCCAUUUUGAAGCCUUUCAGCUCGGAGUGGCUCCUGUUUACAUGGCAUUCCUUCGUUUCAUGGGCGAUGAGAUUGAAGCUCGCAACUACAGUUAUAGCCUAGAAGUUGGAGGGAAUGGUAGGAAACUCAUUUGGGAAGGCACCCCGAGAAGCAUAAGAGAUAGCCACCGAAAGGUUCGGGAUAGCCACGACGGCCUUAUUAUACAGCGUAACAUGGCGCUUUUCUUCUCUGGAGGGGACAGGAAAGAGUUGAAACUGCGAGUAACGGGGCGGAUAUGGAAAGAACAACAAAACCCCGAAGGUGGUGCCUGUAUACCCAACCUUUGUAGUUAAAAAUGUCACCCCCAUAAUAUUGUUUGCUGCAUAUUCCUGUAAUACUAAUAGCAACCUGCCAUUGAUGUUGAGGAUUUUUGAACUCUGCAUGCACAUUGAAGCCUUAAGCCUUUUCUCCAGUAUUAACAAUAAGCUUUUUAGCGGUAAAAGUAUCAUGGAAAUUUCUAUACUAGAAGUCAGAUUGUAAUUUAGUCCUUAUACUAAAAAAAUAAACAAAUUAAUCCAUAUAUGUUAGAUCAAAGAGCAAACGAGUCUUUUUAUUAAAAAGUUCAUCUAUUUUUACUAUUAAAAUUGUCUUUGUACGUAUUAGGAGAGAUACACGUGGGAUGUCAUGUGGCACUAUAAGAUUAUAUUUUGUCAAUCAGAAGAAAGGGUCAAUAUGCUCUUUGAUCUAAUGUAUAUGGAUUAAUUUAUUAUUUUUUUAAAUCAAAGAGAUGAAAUGCAAUAUAACCUUUAGUACAGAAAUUUCCAUGACAAUUUAAGGCUGUUUAGCUUUGCUUAUGGUUGAAAAACGAAGUUGUAUAUAUAUAGUCAGCAUUAUGCUGUAAAUGAUGCAUUCCCAUGUUUGGUUUUCUUGAAAACUAAGCUGCUGAUAUAUCAGCUAAAUUGUGUGUGGUAGCCUAUAGGGUAUUUUUCCUUUUUAUCUUACUAUAUUUGUAAUUUGGUCAGCAGCCACUUGAGGAAAUGAUCAUGUGAUUACCCUUGA